GCGUGUAGUAAGGCGGUAGUGUUUGUACAGAGGUGUCACUUGCACACGAUAGCUUCCAGCUGCCAGGCUGCAAGUGUCACAGUGUCAGUUCAGUGCUCGAAUCUAGCCCAGAAAUUCUCACAAUAUUGUAUUGAAUUCUUCCUAAAAAUGGUCACGAUUAAGGGCCGGAAAUCUUCGAACAAGAAUCCUCCAAUUCUCAGUCAUGAAUUCAUCAUUCAGAAUCAUGCAGACAUCGUGUCGUGCGUGGCUAUGGUCUUCGUUGUGGGGCUUAUGGUACAGGUAACGUCACCAUGGGCCUACACUUUUAUCGCGCUUCAACAUAAUGUAACCACCACAUCUCCAGAAAAUCCAACUUUACCCAUAAAAUAUACGACAGGUUGGAAAGAUGCCUGUGCAGUAUUUUUUUACUUCCUCAUAACGAUUGUUAUGCACGCUGUUGUUCAAGAAUACAUUUUUGAUAAACUCUCAAAACGUCUUCACUUAAGUAAGAGCAAACAUUCAAAGUUUAACGAAUCCUGCCAACUGAUCACAUUUUUUGUUCUUUCUGCGAUUUGGGGUAUCGACAUUAUUAUGAGGGACAAUCUCGUUGUUAAUUUCAAAAGUUUGUGGGAAGAUUACCCAGGAGCCAUGUCCUUUUCCCUGAAGCUCUUUUUCAUUGGCCAAUUGGCUUAUUGGCUUCACUGCUAUCCUGAAUUGUACUUCCAGCGAGCGAAGAAAGAAGAACUGUUGCCAAGAAUUGUCUUGGCAAGUAUUGGACUCUUCUUCUGCACAGGUGCUUAUGUCCUAAACUUCCAACACGUCGGUGUGAUACUUUUGGUGCUAUCUUAUUUGGGAGAUGCUGUUCAACACGGAGCUCGUCUUAUUCACUUUGUGUCUCAGAACGAAAAAUCAACAAGAUUGGCAUUCAUGGUCGCCAAUACCGCUUUUAUUCUCGCCAGAGUUGCAUCCGUGGGGCUUUCCGGACUCGUAUUUUUCUACGGUUUGGGUCAAAUUGAAAGAUCUUUCGAUUAUGCAACUGGAAAAUUCAAUAUUCCAGCAGUUCAAUUCAGUGCCCUCGGCGCUAUCUUGCUCUUCCAAGCAUAUCUUCUGUACCACUUUAUGAAGAGACAAAUAAGAUAUGCUCGUGAAAAUAAAACUUCCAUUGUUUCAAAAUCGAAGUCUUCCAAGCUGAGGCCAAAGAAGAAGGAUGGCAAGAAGGCUGCAUCUGAGGACGAUGAGUUGCCAGAGGUCGAUCAAGCUACUAAGAAAAAUCUGAGAUCCCGAUCUUCCACAAAAGCAAAAUAAAUUCUUGAGUGAUGUAGACUUUUAAAAGCUGACAACAAUCCAGCUGCAAGUCCUGAUGGAUUCAAAGUACAAAGUCUCAGGACGGUACAACUUACCGCGUUGGAUUCCUCAUCGCAGAUUAGAAAAAGUAUUGAUUCUGAGCAGCUGUACAAAAACUAAUAUUAUUCUCAGGAAUGGAGGAGACAUGUACCUAAUGUGCGAAAGUGCUUUUUGUAUUUUAGCGGUGAUGGAAGAGGAGUGCAAUUUUUAUAAGCUUGAUUUGAUAAACGCUUUAUUAUGCCAGAUUAUUUUUUUUUUAUCAAACUGGGAGGUCGAUCACAAAAAAGAAGUUAUGUAAAGAAAGACUAUGUUCGCCUUUCGUAUAGUAGUGUAUUUUCUUAAAGAGUAGUUCAGAUUGAAGCGCGAAGGCAAUAGACUUGAAAGUGUAUUGAGAAGUUGAGAUUUGCAUUGGAAAAUAUUUUAUCUCGGUCAAUUUUCGACACUUGAGAUUUUGUA